AGCAGGAGCAGAAGAAGAAAAAAAAUGGUGGUAGUGUGCAGGCCAUAGCGCAGGUUUAUCUUUGAGAAAGCAACUACGUCUGUUAGCCGGGAGAGGGCCUGGGUUUAUUGCAUGGGGAGUGUGGAAAGCCUAUGUAGUUUAAUUUUAUUCUCAGUGGUUCUUAUACUUGCCAUGUCUACCAACGUUGAUUGUGGAGGUGAAAAGCUUGCGUCUGUAGAUUUCGAGAUAUUCGGGAAUGUCCAGGGUGUCUGCUUCAGAAUGUACACAGAAGACCAGGGGAAGAAGCUGGGUGUUAAUGGCUGGGUGAAGAACACAAGAGAAGGAACAGUGGUUGGCCAGGUACAGGGGCCCCAUGACAAGGUCAAUGAAAUUAAAGUAUGGCUGAGUAAGGUGGGGAGUCCCAGCUCACGCAUUGACCACGCCGAGUUCUCUAACGAGAGGGACAUCCCCAAACUGGAAAUCCAUGGCUUUGGCACUCGCUACUGAGUGCCAGAGCAGCGACAAAGCACAGCAGCAGCAAGUAUCCACCCUGAGGCCUGCCCCAAAGGAAUUAGUAGCAUCUCAACUUCUAAGGUGGUUGAUUUGUCCUGUAAUAUUCACAUCUUCACAGUUUAAAAUGUCAUUCUAAAGCCUGUUAUGCCAUUUAUUUAUUGUUUGAAGAAUAGUUAUUUGAAUGAUACCCAGAAAUGUUAUAUUUGUAUUAUAAUAUGCUAUCAUGUAACCCACAGAAGAAGUUCGACAUGAGUUGUUUGCUAAAUGCAACUUUUAAAUUGCACUUAAAUGCCAUGUAUGUCAAUAAUAGUCAACCUUUAAAAUGUUGAGUUCAUCCCAUCACAAAGACAGAAAUAAAAUAAUUUAGUGAAACCACUG